GGCCAACCUCCACAUCUUUCUCACUCCUAAUCCCAUUAAAAAAACCCGUGUCGAAUUAUUUUUAAAACGUUUUAAAAAGCAUCUUCUCGAGCUCUCAAGCUGAAGUAAUCGAUCUCCUUCCCCAACUUUUCCUUUCCGCCUUAUCUGCAAAAUAAAAAAACCUAACCUAUCGUUUUUUUCUUCUCUUUUUUUUUUAAUUCAUCCUGUUUUUUCCCUUCAAUUAGCUCUUCUGUGUUUUAAUGGCGUCUGGAUCUUCUGGUCGACCUAGCUCGGGCUCGAAAGGGUUCGAUUUUGCUUCCGAUGAUAUAUUGUGUUCUUACGAAGAUUAUGCUGCUAAUCAGGAACCUUCAAAUGGAAGUCACUCUGAUCCAUCUCUUGGAACUAAUUCUAGCAAGCAGGAUUUUCAGAAAAACAGAAUUUCAAGGUCGUCGGUGUUCCCAGCAACUAAUGCUUACAGUCAGCCAGAGGAAUCCUUGAAUCAAGAAAUGAUUUCAGUAGUUGAAAGGACCAUGAAAAAGCAUGCUGACAAUCUCAUGCGUUUCCUGGAGGGAAUUAGUUCCCGGCUCUCUCAGUUAGAAUUGUAUUGCUACAACCUUGACAAGUCAAUUGGGGAAAUGCGUUCUGACUUAGUCCGUGAUCAUGGGGAAGCAGAUUCAAAGUUGAAAUUUCUGGAGAAACAUCUCCAAGAAGUCCACAGAUCUGUUCAGAUUCUUAGGGACAAGCAAGAAUUAGCUGAAACUCAAAAAGAACUUGCCAAGCUUCAGCUUGCACAGAAAGAAACCUCGUCUGGAGCUCAAGAUGAAAGAUCUACUGGUUCUGCAUCUGAGUCAAAGAAUGAUGAUAUAUCAGAUACUCCUAGCACCCAAUUGGCUCUGGCCUUGCCUAAUCAAAUUGCCCAACAACCCUCUCACCCCGCUGCACAACAGCAAUCUGUUGCACCUACACAACCAUCAGCACAAAGUCAUAGCCAGCUGCACCCUUAUUACUUGCCUUCUAAUCAGUUACCAAACCCUCAAGCACAAUCACAUCCUUCAUAUGUUACAGCUGAUGCUCAGUAUCGAGUGCCUCAGUUAGCACCACAAGCUUCCCAACCAUCACAAACUCAAGUGAAUCAGACUCCACAGGCCCAACAAUUUUCUCAGUAUCAGCAGUGGCCCCAACAAGUUUCCCAACCUAUGCAAAUGCCCCAGCAACCACCAGUACAAGUACAACCAUCCCAGCAACCACCAAUGCAAUCAUCCCAGCAACCACCAAUGCAAUCACAGAAUCAGAUCAGAGCUCUAACUCCUCAGUCAAGUAUCUAUCCCCCGUACAUGCCUAAUCAAUCUACCAAUCAGCCUCCUCAAGAGGCAAUAUCAAGCAGCAUGCCGAUGCAGAUGCCGUUUCCAGGAAUGUCACAGGCAGGAAGUAAUCGUCCAGAAGGAAUGCCUUAUGGGUAUGGAGGGACCAGUAGACCUGUUCAACCCCAGCCUUCCCCUCCACACAUGAAGGGUGGUUUUCCAUCUCAACCAGGUGAUGGAUAUCCAACUGGUGGAUCUCACCCACCAUCUUCUGCAGGGACAUACAUGUUAUAUGACAGUGAAGGAGGUCGAUCUCAUCACGCUCCUCAAUCAACUAACUAUUCUCACGGCGGUUAUCCUCCAUCAAAUCCUUCACCUCCCAACAUGCCUCCUCCAGGAAGUAACAGUCUUAUGAUUCGCAGCCCUGCCCCCCAACAAUAUGUUCGCAAUCAUCCUUAUAAUGAUCUCAUUGAUAAGCUGGUGAGCAUGGGUUACAGGGGUGAUCAUGUUGUGAGUGUGAUUCAAAGGCUUGAAGAAAGUGGGCAAGCUGUGGAUUUUAAUGCUGUGCUUGACAGGUUGAAUGGUCAUUCCUUAGGGGGUUCUCAACGAAGCUGGUAAUUGUGAAAGUAAAUCCCGGUCUAGUGCAACUGCAUCUAUUAUCAUUGCGGUUGCAUUCAUCAUCCAUGUUUAUAAUAAAAGACUAAUAUGAUAUGCACGGUAUUUUGUUGCAUUUGGAUUUAGAGGUCCGAGAUCAUUGUAUAUUUGUGACCUUGCUGCACGUUGUCUUUCUGUACCCAGACCGCUUGAAGGAUUGUGACAGUCUUGCUUUUUUUACAUGUAAGAUUGUCCUUUAUUUACUCUUUA